AUGACAGUCUUGGCAACGGGUAUUUCCCCUUGCCCAUCAUGGCCGGGAGUUUGCGCGGGCGGCGGCGGUGUGUGGAUCAUUUCCGCGUACUUGUGUGCUGCUUUGCAGGUGCAGGACCAUGCCCGCGACGGCGCGGAGACGUCAUUCCUCCGGUGUUCUUGUGGCGAGCGUGAGCCGCGCCAAGUCGGCGUCGUUAUGCCUCGGGGCUUGCUGAGCCUGCUGGUACCCCCUCUCCUCAUGUUCUUCCUUCUGACGGCAAACACGGAUAUACCGGGGUUUGACCCCCAUCUGGGAAUCCCAUUUGAGGAUGGUAACGGUGACUGGAUUCGGAGCCCACCUUUUGGAGAGUUGGCCGCCAGGCAGGUGGCUACAGCAUUUCACACCGUCUCUCUGUCGGUCCGAAAACGGGCAUCCUUAAUCGGGUCCGAUGAGCCGGAGGAAAAGACGAGCUGGAAGACCUGA